GGGGUCGCUCAGGGUCACACUUGCGCCUGUCGCUCCAAACAACCCCUUGGCUCCCUCGGUGUUGACAACUCUCUUGUUAUUUAAUGUCUGCUGGCCUUGGCAAAAUGAAGCUGGACCAAUUUAGCCCUUUCUGUUUGCCAUAAAGCACCCUAUGCUACUUUUCGCUCCCUCCCAUGUUCAGUUCCACUGCUUCCCGUUCAGUUAGUUAGUGACUGACUUUCAAGGGAAGUGUCAGGACUGACAAAUUCGCAUUGGACUGAAUUGCUGAGAUAAGGCCUAAGCAGAAGAAAUUUAAGUCUCAACUAGAAAUCCGUGUCUCCCAUAAACUGUGUUGAGAAGACCAGAGGAGACAAAGCUACACAGUGAAAUUCCAGCAGGCAUGGAGAACGUAUAUUCUGCAAAGCAUCCCAAUGGAGGAACUGUUUGCUCAAUCUGUCUGCAGCCCUGUCAACAUCUAACCAUCCAGCCUUGUGGGCAUCAUUUUUGUCAAGCUUGUUCAAGCCAAUCCUGGGAGAAAGAGUUAAAGGGGAAAAUUUUCUGCUCUGUUUGCCAAGAUUUCUUUCUGAAAUCCCUUGGGAAAGGGUCUACUGGAUCGAUGGUGGUCGACGAAACAAAGCAAAUGGAUCUGGGUCUCUGUCAGAUACACAAGGAAAGCCUAAAUCUCUUUUGUGUGGAGGAUCAAGUCCCCCUUUGCUCAGUCUGCAGAAAAUCCUGGGAUCAUAUGGCACACAACGUGAUUCCCAGGAACCAGGAAGCAAAGGCAGAAAACCAGGGGACUGGAAGUCCAUACAGAGGAUGGGGGGAUGAAUGUCCAAACUCAGAGGCAAACAGUCCUGCUGUUGUGGGAUACACAAAUGACACAGUUGCCUUCCAAGGGAAAGAGCUGCUUGAUGGGAACCAGAAGGAGGACCCAGAAAAAGUCAAGCUGUUUGACCUUGACUUGGUGGAAAAACAACAAGAAGGGAAUCACUCAAACUCCAGUGGACAGAACUCUAUCACAUGGAUCGUUUUGGUACUCUUCCUCAUUCAGAUUGCAGGCUUGGUGACAACCAUCUUUGUUUUUACAAAGGCUAAAGCUGACCUGCCGGCCUCAGCUGCAGUCACCGGGAACGCUCCUUGCUGCCCACCGGGUUGGAUCAUGAACGUAGGGAACUGCUAUCAUGCCUUGGAACUAGAAGGGACCUGGGAGGCCGGCCAGCAACACUGUUCCUCUCUUGGAGCCUCCUUGGCUGUGUUUGACAACUUAGAGAAACUGGAUGAUGCAAUGAAUGACAAAAGUCCUUACAACCACUGGAUUGGCCUCCUGAGAGAACCAGAAGAAAGCUGGAAAUGGAUGGAUGGGACUCUGUUCAAUAACCUCUUUGAAAUAAAAGGAGAUGGGCGGUGUGCGUACUUAACCCAUGGGUCUGUGAGCAGUGCUGACUGUUCGGUCAAGAAGAAGUGCCUUUGCAGCCAGAGUGUGAAGAUAAACCACGGCCACUGCCGAGGGACGUGAAGUUCUAGAAGCUGGCUAUGCAUCAAAGGAACUUGCAAUGCUUUCCUGUGCUCCAAGCUGCCACUCUUUGUCUUAUGUUUGUGUGCAGUGAUAAAUGCUCAUAUGUUACCAAUGCAAAUGACCAACCACAUAGUCUUCAUCUCUGUGCCAGUGAUUAGGAACUGAAGUCUCUUCGACCUCUGAGCAUGAGAUAAAAUGAGAUGUCUUUGUGGUAUGAUUAUAGGAGCUAAUAGAUGGGUGAUAGGGCUGGUGGCUCGGUGGAAAAACAUCUUAACGUGAUUUCUAUUUGAGCCUUUUUGUUGUCAUAUGCUGCACUUCCUUGGGAGAAAGUCCUAUUGAAUUCGGUAGGAGUAACUUCCAAAUUGCAAUGCAUAGGAUCAUUCUGACAUUGUGCAUUAUCUCUUAGGUGAGGUGAGGAUUGUAAUGGAAUUAGCCUUCUCGACUUUCCUUUGAGAUUUCAAUAUCCUACAUUUCUAGUUGUUAGGAUUGUGCAAAGAAUACUGCAGAGAAGAAUGGAAAUCGUAAGGUGACCGAAACCUAUUUCUCAUUAUUUUACAUCAGGGUAUUUGAGACUUGGCAUGGUAAAGGCUUAAGUUACACCGGAUAGAUCUAGAGUUUAACAAAGACAAAAUCGUUAAAUGUGUUGUCGAAGGCAACACAUUUAAAUUGUUAGAUAGCAGCAGAUUUCUAGGUUUUUCUCGCUCCCGCCAUAAAGAGCUGGUGGUUUGCAAAGUAGCUCCUGCUACUAAGAUAUCAAUAUCCCCUUUGAAAAGGAACCCAUGCGACCUAUAGUAAGAAUGUAAAACGAAAGGCCAUCUCCAGUUAGGCCAUGUGAGCCAACCAGGGCAUGCUUCAACCACGUGGUUUCUGGAUAACCGUUCCACUAAUAGCUGGAAUGCUUAGGGGAAGCAAGGUUUGCAUGAAGCAUAAGCAUGAUUUGUGUUCUCGUAUCAUAUUCACUCGUGUGGGUAAACAUAGCUGCAAUGCUGAGCAUUGGUUACCCAAUAUCAGUUACUUGGACUAACGUUAAAACUGAGUCAGAAGAGAGCUCAUAAAGGCAAUUUCCUGCACCAAGCCACCUUUGUGUGUAUAUUUGUGUGCAUAUGUCUGUUGGGCUUUGAUAAACUAUGAGAUAUCCCAGAUAGCUAGGGCUAUCAUAUACUUACGGCACUCUAAGUCCAUUUUAAUAGACAUGGUUCUAUCCGUUGGGAUUUCCAUUUUAGGAAGAGUGAUGGCUGAUUAGAGCUUAAAGAGUAGGCAAAGAGUAUGCAUCCCAUCUGAAAUCCCGUGGCUGCCUCCUGCAGAAUUCUGGGACUUAUAGUUUAGGAGAAGGGCCUUGAAAAUAAAUGUUCAGCCAGAGUGACUCUGAGUCUCACUAAAUUGCACAAGGUCUUUAGCCUUCUUUGUCAAAAAGUGCCGGUGCCUCACCAAACGACAAAACACAGGAUUCCAUCAAAUUGAACCAUGGCAGCUAAAGUGAUGUCAAACUGGAUUCAUUCUACAGUGUAGAUGCACCCUGAGACUUCUCAGCCAGAGAACUCAAACGACAAAAGCCAGACUCCCAUAAGAUGAAGACAUAGCAGUCAAAGUUGAAUUAAGAGGCUGCAGCUACACUGUAGAAUUAAUGCAAUUUAGCUGUAUGCUAUGGGACCAUGGGAGUUAUAGUUUGGUGAGGCACUAGCAGGGAAGGCUAAAGACCUUACAAAACUACAACUCCAGUGUUUCUAUAGCAGGCUUGGGCAAACUUUGGCCCUCCAGGUGUUUUGGACUUCAACUCCCACAAUUCCUAACAGCCGAUAGGCUGUUAGGAAUUGUGGAAGUUCAAGUCCAAAACACCUGGAGAGCCAAAGUUUGCCUAUGCCUGUUCUAUAGCAUGGUUUGCCAGUUAAAGUUGUGUUAAACUGCAUUAAUCCUGCAGUUUAGAUGCAACCUUGGAGACCAUCCACGCUGGAGAAUUUUAGUAGUUUGACAUCACUUUAACUGACAUGACUCCAUGCUAUGGAAACCUGGAAUUGUAAAUCAUUGCGGCACUAGAAGGGUAAAUAUCUCACAGAACUAUAACUCCCAGAACCUCAUACCAUGACCACCAAUAUAGCAUCAAACUGCUAUAAUUCUGCAGUUUGGCUACUACAGCCUUAGACCUCCACAUUUGGAGAAACUGAAACUUUCUGUGAUCUGUAUUAACCAGAUAUGCUGGUAGAAUUAAUGACUUUUCCCCAUUAUGUAUUUGUUUGGAUGUAUCAAAGGUUUGUGUUCUUGUCCAUUUCCUCCUGUACUUCUGACAACACAAUUACAUAUGACAAAUAUCUGAUGAAUGGUUACACAAAGAGAUAGCAUAAGAGCAGUUCAAAAUGCCACUAGAUACACAUAGACUUGGAGGCCUUUGUGAUUCCUGGAAAAAUAAUUGUGGUAAAAAUCCUUCUAUAGAAAGCCAUCUAUAUAUCACAUAAUUUCAUUUUUGUUUGCUUCAACUUCUCCUCUCUGCUUCUUUGGUCAUCCUGCCCUUUGCUUCUCAUUGACUUCUCUUAUCUUUUCCCACAAAGGAUAGAUUUAUGUUUUGACUAAAUCUGGCCUGAUUUUUCAAGUAAAAUUUUACACUCUGGCUCCUUUUCCGGCUGCAGAAACACAUUAUGUGAAAAACUGUUGCAAUAGAAGAAAACAAAGUAUUUGGUUCAUCCUGGUGUGUUGCUCUCUCUUUCUCUCUUUGUUAAAAAUAUUAAGACAACAUUUUCAAAAAGCAUCAAAUAAAGUGGAAUGACUAGAAAGGUA